GGGACUCUCCGGGGACUGUGAAGAUGGCCCAAAAUCUCUUCAGAUCAUUGUUGUCUAUUCCAGUCAAGCGUCUCACUCCAGUGCUUCAUCCCAGACCCUCAUUGCUUCUGUACAGAGUUUCAGUUCUGCCAUGCAGGGGACCCUGGUGUACUUCUUUUGCUUCUCCUGCUAUGCCUUCACAGACUAGGACAUUUUCUACUACUCAGGUCUGUUGGCAUACUUUUAAUGUCCAGGAUGAGGAUGAUUUCCAAGACAGAGUUUUGAAAAGUCAAAAACCAGUGGUGAUAGAUUUCCAUGCCCAAUGGUGUGGUCCCUGCAAAAUCCUGGGUCCCAGACUAGAAAAAGUGGUGUCCAAACAUGAGGGGAAGAUUCUGAUGGCGAAAGUGGACAUUGAUGAUCAUACUGACCUUGCCCUUGAAUAUGAGGUGUCAGCUGUACCCACUGUCUUAGCCAUGAAGAAUGGUGAUGUGGUGGAUAAGUUUGUGGGAAUCAAAGAUGAAGAUCAAUUGGAAGCUUUUCUCAAAAAACUCAUUGGACCCUGAACAGCAAGGACAGUUGUGUUCCUUGAGCCAAGGCUUUUUCCAUUUGUCCUUUUUUAAAUAUAUAUAUAUAUAUAUAUAUAUAUAUUUCCUUAGAAGGGAAUGGGAGAAAUUGCAUAGUUGGACUAGCAUCUGUUUUUUUUUUUAAAGAGAGCAGAUGAUGUCCACUUCCUCCUUCUGGGGGAGUGGUCCUAGUUCAUACAGCAGUGGAAAGGCUGAUUGCUCUGUGAUAGAGAAAGACUGGAGGUUGAUACCUGCUAGCAGAUGCCCGAUGACAAGAAAGUUUUCCUAAUAUAGCGGCCUCUUCUUAAUGUACUUUCUCAUACAUAUUGGAGACACUUCCCGUUCCUGUCCAAUGUAAAACCAAUGUGGUUAAUUAUUGCUGCUUAUGGCAGCAGUUGUUCUGCUUCAUUUUCUGCAGCUUUCCUCCUUUGUUUAGUGGUAGAUUAAAAUCAUUUGAGUUUUUGACGGUAGCCUUAGUGCCUCUCCUGCUGUCAUCAAUUAAAUUGAGAAAAACACUGAUUGAUUGGAGCCUUUUUAUUAGUAGAUCUAUAAUAAAAAAUAGCUGUAAUUAUUCCAUUUUCUUUUGGUAUAGAAUUCCCCUUCUGCAGGAAAAUUAAAGUUGUUCAAUAUAGCUUGAAUGGCAUAGAGUUGAAUAGAGAAUAUGAAUAAGGAAGAGUUUUGCAUUGAUUUAAAAAAAAAAAAAACCUUCACUAGUCCACAGACACAAAGCCUCUUGUGAGAAGAGACUGUCCCCUCUUUUUUACCUAAGCAUUUUAUCUCCAAACAUAUUGGGUGAAAUCAAUGCAGUAAAAGUGCUUUUUUUAAAAGAACUAAUGAAAGAAAAUACUUUUUCAUGCCACUUUCCAUUUAUUUUUGAAUUUAUUCUCUAGAAAUGAUAAAUCAAGUCAAAUGUUUUAAUUUCAGGCCAGAUGUCCAAUUUGUUUAGAUUUUGCUAUGGAUGUUUUACAUUUUGAUAAAUCUGUGGGGGGGAAAACUGCUAGAUUGUAACAUUAAAGGAAUUAGUUAAGCUUCCUUUAUUGAUUAUAAGGAAGCUGAGCAGAAAAAAUCAUUUUUUCUUCUUUAACAAAUAAAGUAACUGGUAGAAAGUUUAUGAAGUGUCCCUGUUCUACACAACCGUACAGUCUUUGCAUUUUAGAUAUUAAGGAAAUUAAAAGAAAAAAAUCCAGCUGUUUGGUGCAUCUAAUAAAUUCAAUUAUUGCCUCGACUUUUAAACCAUACGUCAAACUUCAGCUGCUUAUGGGUAGAAUCUGAACUACCAUGGAUCUAUUGAAAGUGAAAUGCUUCAGUUUGUUUCUGUGUCAUCUGAGAUGGAAUUUUUUUACACCCCUUCCAUUACUCAGCAAUAGAACAUGAUUAGAAAUAUUUUAGUAUUGGUCAUAGAAACAUGAGAACGAUCAGAGGUUGCCUUCACACAUUACUAUAGAGCAGUGUUUUCAACCAUAGCAACAUUAAGAUGUCAAGUCCAGUUCUCAAAAUUUUGUAGCCACUAUGCUGAGAAAUUCUGAGAGUCCAAAGAUCUAAAAUUUACUAAGGUUGAGAAACAUUGCUAUAAAGGAUAGUGUGAUUUGUUUGGAUUUAGAUUAAUGUAUUGUUUGAAACCAGCCUUAUAUUAUGUAAAUGAGUGGGUGAUCUGUGGCUUACUGUGCUUUCAAACCCAGCCAAUAGUUUAUUUAGCUAAUCAUGGCAGAGAGUGAUAGGUCAACCAUAUCAGUAAUUAAGCAAGAAAUUUAUGAAGACUCGUGUUAACAUUGACCUUUUGGUUGAUAGUUGCCCUAAAUUAGAUGGACAUAAUAUUUUAAACAGUCUCAGAAUGGAAGUAGAUUUUACUCUAUUUCUGCCUUGUACUGUUACAUAUUUCCUAUAAUAACAAAGAUAUUAGUCUGUGCCAGGGUAAUGCAUAAAUAUGGCUCCUAUUGGAGAACAGGAUGUUCUGUGAGCUUGUCAUCAAUCCAAUAAAGCUAUUCCAAAUCUUUA